CUCAUUUCCUGAAAGAAAGAAAGAAAGAAAGAAAGAAAGAACUAAAAUUUAGGGGCUCCUUUCAGUAAAAUACCAAAGAUUAGGGACCAAAAUGAACCUUAAUAAGAACAGAAAGACCAAAAACCUUGAAUCGAAAGCUCCAACACCAGUGUUCACUGUUCACCGCCGAUCAUUUCCCGCGAAGCGCCUUUAGGCUUCCCCAAUAAUCCGACCGAGAAACUUCCGGCUCCGACUUCUUCCGGAACCGAUUUCAUUCUUGCAGAGGUAAAUCCCUUUUUACCUCUCUCAGUUUCACUUCUUAGCAGUGAAUUUGGUCCCUGGAGGCUGGAAUCAUCUCAGAAAUGCCGGUUAUGGGAAGAAAUGGUAAUUCCCGGCAGUAAGUUCCAGUGUCCCUCAAGUAUCUUCGAAUUCCCAUAUAAAAGUUUCCAUUUUUGUCUAGUACUGUUCGAAGCUGAUUCUGUAUCAUUCUGAGUUCGUCCCCAUUCAUAGCUUUCUAUACCAAGAUAGUUUGGCUGAGUUCAUAUGUUUCGGAUUCGUGGUUUUGCUUUCUUCUGCAAAUCCUAAUCUACCUUUUGGAGCUGGAGUGAAGUACUUCUUGCACGUUUAAUUGAUUAUUUGAUUAUAUUGCCACUCAAUUUCGUGAAUUCUAGAGAUGUAAAUGUAGAAGUAAUGAACUACAAUACUGUGAGCUCAUUCAACUAAUCCUAAUCGUAACCCUGGUGCAGAGCUGAAAGAUCAUUGUGGGUUGCAUGUUGUGAAAUCCUAAGAUGUUGGGAUUGGGAUACUCAAUGGACGAACUUCUGAAGAACCACCUGUUUGUCACGCAUGCCAUUGCUGGUGCAGGCUCGGUUGCAUUAGGCAACAUUAACUUAUCCUCUUGAUACGAUCAAGGUCCUUACCCAGGUUUGUGCACUGUAGACUGUAGUAUCUGCCACAGAAUCCAUGUUUUGUCAAGAAUUGUGUAUUUACUGACUUCAUAUGGAUGGUCGGUUUUGAGGUGAUGAACAGGUUGGUUCAAGUUCUAAUAAGCAGUUGACUCCACUUUCGGUUUUAAGAAGGGUUCAAGCUUUGUCUGGAAACUCAGGUCUACUCCAUUGAGUUUGGUUAAUGUUAUUGGUUUUAUCAAUAUGGAACUCUAUACUAAACCGUACUUAUCUAUGUUUUAGGUUUAUAUAGUGGAUUGGGUUGGUUGACUUCAGGCAGAAUUGUUGGUCUUGGCACUCGUUUUGGCGUUUAUGAAAUUUUGACAGCAUUCUAUAAAGGUAAUUGCUUGGGUAACACUUCUGUUUAUUUGGGAUAUGAGGAAGAAAAUGCCUAUAGAUUUUCCAUUGCCAGGUUUUAAUAAGUUCCUUUCCUUUUCUUCCUGCCAUCAGCAUCCUCAAAACAAAUUGCAGAUUCCUCCUGAAAGAGUGUAGUUUUCUGUAGUGAAAAUUUGACCUUUUUAGAUGCAAACUAAGUUCGAUUCUGCAAUGUUGUCUGCAAACUCUUGCAACCGAAUCACUGAUUCGAUGAUUACAUGUAACAACUUAUUUCUGCAGAUGGUCGAGAGGACAACUAUGUAUAUGUCCACGAGACCCUCAUGGCAGGCCUGGCAGCCGGUGCCUUGGAGUCACUCAUGAGCUCUCCAUUCGAAUUCGUCAAACUUCGUGCUCAGGUUACCUCAGCUUCUCGCGUUCAAACUCCCACACCUACUACGGAUUCUAGAUCAGUGGGACCAGUGAUUUCCAAACUACUGCGUGGAUACACUCCUGAUGUAAAAGCACUGAGCCAUUCGACCGCCCUCCUAUCCACGUUAUCCGCCAAGCACCCAGAUCUCGUCGGUGCACUGAGAGAGCAUCCUUGGAUGAUGACUGGCUCUGGGAGGCCACCAUCAGUUAGUGAUGUUUGUAAACCAUCGCAUGCAAUCUCGUUGGAAGGAUGGAGUGCCUUCUGGAGAGGGCUUCGGUCUGUCAGUGCUGCUGCUGGGGUUUCGGGAUCGGUUGCUGCUGCUGCCUCUCAUUGUUUCGACACAGCAAAAUGUCGGUUCCAAUGUACGGUGCUGCCCAAGUAUCUUAGAUAUGAAAGGGCACUGUUGAAAUGGCGUCGGCCAGGGACAAGAUUCGAGAGAGCCACUGGAAUCCACCCUGCUGAUAGAAACGUCUUGUUCCGAGGAAUCUGGCUGAGGAUGGCUCGAAGUGGGGUCGCUUCUUUUGUUAUCGUUGGAACAUAUUAUUUUGCUGUUGAUCAGCUUCUUUCCUGAUUAAUCACAGAUAAGCAUUAAGAAGAUACCAAGUAAUUGAGCAGGUUUUGCUUGUCCUUAGUCCUUACUGUCCAAUAAGUUACACUUCGAUAUUUAUUGGUAGAAACCACAGAAGUUUGAGAUCAUUGAAUUGCUAAGGCCAUAAGUCUUAGCUACUUUUUGUUCUUGGCAGUGUAGUUUAUCACAUCAUUGAAAGAGAUGCUGUAAAUUUUAGCUACUCCUGUUCUUGGCUUCUCCAACUUUCUGUAUUAAUUUUUUUGAUGACUAGCUGAUGUGCUGUGAAGUUUACUGCUGCUCCUUUGCUGCAUCAUGCAUGGCAUUUCUGAGAUAUGGUGCCUUGUUUUUCCAACAUCCCAAGUAGGAGAUGUCUGAAUUCACACCCGAUCUGUCUGUGUCAUUUUGAUAGGCGAAGUAAGAUGAUGAUCUGAUCCAGAUGAAGAACUUACUCGAUUUGGUUCCCUUCUGGUUUCAAUCUUGUCAAGUGAGCUCGAUCGAUGAGGGUGAAAGAUCAAUAUCAAAGACAAAACUAGUAAUCGGUUGCAGCUAUUCAUUCCUCUAGAUGUAAUCGUCGAUCAUUAGCAUAUCUUGUACAUCAAAUUCAUUCGCUUCGAAUCUAAUAUUGAUCGAGAACAUAUACUAAAACCAAACAUGAUUCAUAAACCAAGACAAUAAUAACAUACAUAUAUGAUUACAUCAAUGUUCUGACGCAGUAGGGCAAGCUAUCCUUAGAUAAAAAUUCAAACAAAGG